AUGUGGACUUCUAAAGAUUAUUUCAAUUCUCUUAAUGAGGAAAGACAGUUGAGAAUUAUUAGAAUAGAUCCUGUAUGCUUAGAACAUUGCAAGGGCGAACUAAAAAACAGUAGACAACUAGUAUUGGACUAUAUAUUACAAGAUCGUAAAAUUUUAGAAUCGUUGAACGACGAGUUAAGAAAUGACCGAGAAAUAAUCAGGUUGGCGAUAAAAGAACAUUACGGAGCUCUAAAGUUUGCAUCAGCGGAAUUGCAAAAUGAUAAGUCAUUGUUACAGGAAGCACUUUUAUAUGAUACUGGUAAUUAUAAUUAUGCAUCAGAAGAAUUAAAAACAGAUAAGGAGAUACUAGAGUUUUUAAUAGGUAGAGACGGAUGCUACUUUGAGUAUGCUCCUGAAUCUUGGAAAAAUUCGAGAGACUUUGUUGUAAAAGCAAUUAGAAAUUCAAUGUCAAAUAUAUCUGACUUUUUGGGAUAUAGUCUGAAGGAAGAUAGAGAUUUAAUAUUAGAAUACGUAAGAAGAAUUGGAAGUAUUGAAGAAAUACCACAAGAAUACAAACAAGACAGAGACAUAGUAUUAGAGGCUGUCCAAUUAGAUGGAAAUAACUUGAAAUACGCCAGUCAUUCUCUCCAACAAGACAGAGAAUUGUUAAUCAUUGCAGUACGAAACGGAUUGAGCUUAAGAAAUAUCAAUGAAUCAGAAUUAGAUAGAGAAAUAGUUUAUGAAGCUUGCAGAUAUGAUACUCAUCCUCUGAAAUAUGUUCCAGAAGAAUACAGAGAUGAGGAGGAAAUAGUGCAAGCAAUUGCAUUCUCAGAGAAUGCUUCAUCUUUCGAGUACGUGUCUGAAAGAUUAAGGAACAAUAUUGAUUUUAUUAGGAAGUUAACUAGGAUUAAUGGUUAUUUGAUUCAAUAUAUUCCAAAAUAUUUGCGAAAUGAUAGAGAAAUUGCUCUAAAUGCAAUUCGUCAUGGAUGUAACUACCUAUCAGAAGAUUUGCAAAAUGACAAGGAAACAAACAGUGGGUUGUUUUCCAUUCGAAUACGAAGAGAAUCUUCAAAAUUUGGAAUAUUCGAAGCCUUACACAAUCGAUCCAACGUUGAAGAAUUGAAGAAAUAUUCACACGAAUCACUCACAUUCAAUUCAUCCCUAUACUUGUCAAAAGUUUCUUUGAAAACUAAACAAUUCGUCCAUAAAUCAAUGAUCAUUUCUGCCGUUUUUGGAACAAGCAAAGCUGGUGAAGAUUUUGAUGGAAAUGAAUUCAAAGUUUUCGAAUUGGUUGGUGACUGUUCCAAGUCUUUCUUGGGAGCUGAUUCAAUCAGUGUUUUGCAAUACGAAAGGUAUUGCUGA